AUGUCUGUGUCUGUCUCACAUAGUGCUGAUCAGGCCCUGGACCGCUUUGCAAUGAGGAAGUACUACGACGACAAGGUCUCAGCAUUGAUGACACCUUCUCAGAAAAGGUAUGGCAUCUUUUCAGGCACAAUAUUAAUCUACUUUCUAGUAUUGAGGAAAUGCUCGUUGUGUGGUAAGGGUGGUGAGGUAAAGGUGUUUUCCAUCCCUCCCCACCCAUUUACACACACAUGCACACACAUGCACACACACACACACACACACACACACACACACAUACACACACACACACACACACACACACACACACACACACACACACACACACACACACACACACACACACACACACACACACACACACACACACACACACACACACACACACACACAGUUACAGUUAGUGCUAAUCUAUACCCACCCCUUUUCGCCCAUCCUAGGGCAUGUUCAGGUCCCAAGCCCACCUGAACCAAUAGAAAACCUAUUGCGUGUCUUGGUCUUGUUUGUCCAUUUCCAUAGAAAAGGGCCUGUGAUAGUCGUGCCAUUGUGUGUAAUUGAAACAGAAUGGGAUCCCGUGGUGACCUGGUGUAAUCUAAUCCUGCUGCAUCACACUGAAUCACUGUGACUCAGUCACACUGUGGGCGCCUCAUAAAGAAUAUCCCCAUCACAAACACACAGGCUCAAUGGAUCUCAGAGCGGUCCUUUUCCCAUGUGUACUUCAGUAACUGUGUUAUAAUUGUCAUGGAUGGACCCAUCCAUUGAUGUCAGGGUUGUAAGUGAUCUGUUGUUGUCCACUGUAACCUAUAUGCAGAGGAGUUUAGCUAGUGAGGAUCAUCUAGCUAGCUAUUGUGUGGAUUACUAUAUCUCAUCUAUUAUUUAAUGCCAGGUAUGUUUGGAUCCUGAACAGUCUCCUGAGUGGGUCGAUGAAAAUGAAUGCCUCUCCACUGUUCCUGCAUUGCAUCAUUCUUCAUGGGAUACCCAACUUCAACACUGCAGGAGGUAACUUAAAAAACUAUUUUGUUCACCUAUUGGCCCACUAGGAGAUACACAUUUACAUUUUCCACUCAGUCAAUACAGAUUUAGGAUCUUAAUUUGAUCACUAUGUUGCAGAAAACUUUCCUGCAAUGCAGGACAUUUGAAACUUGUAGUGUAUUUGAGUUUUAAAAAGGCUUCUGAAGUUUGUUAUUUCCACUUUGAAAUUUCAGACUUGACUUUCCCUUACGAAAAAUGUAUCAACCCCUACAAAAAUGUCCAUUCAUUAUAAUCCACAUAAUAAUUCAAAUUUCGUGUUAAUGCAGGAUUAUUUUCCUGCUGUAGCAAACUGGCUCAAGUUAAGAUCCUACAUAUGUAGAAGCUAGAAGUCUGACAAAUAACUACCAAUAAAAUUCCUAUGAGGCUAUCUAGAAAUAAGUGGGCUUUUUGGGAGAUCUUGCAUGACAGAAGCAUGACUCUGUAGCUCAAUUGGUAGAGCAUGGCGCUUGUAACGCCAGGGUAGUGGGUUCCUUCCCUGGGACCACCCAUACGUAAAAAUGUAUGCACACAUGACUGUAAGUUGCUUUGGAUAAAAGUGUCUGCUAAAUGGCUUAUUAUUAUUAUUACAUGUAUACACACACAUGCACAUACACUACCAUUCAAAAGUUUGGGGUCACUUAGAAAUGUCAUUGUUUUCGAAAGAAAAGCAAUUUUUUUGUCAUCAAAUUGUUCAGAAAUACAGUGUAGACACAGUUAAUGUUGUAAAUAGCUAUUGUAGCUGGAAACGGCUGAUUUUUUAUGGAAUAUCUACAUAGGCAUACAGAGGCCCAUUAUCAGCAACCAUCAGUCCUGUGUUCCAAUGGCACGUUGUGUUUGCUAAUCCAAGUUGAUCAUUUUAAAAGGCUAAUUGAUCAUUAGAAAACCCUUUUGCAAUUAUGUUAGCACAGCUGAAAACUGUUGUGGUGAUUAAAGAAGCAAUAAAACUGGCCUUCUUUAGACUAGUUGAGUAUCUGGAGCAUCAGCAAUUGUGGGUUCGAUUACAGGCUCAAAAUGGCCAAAAACAAAUAACUUUCUUCUGAAACUCGUCAGUCGAUUCUUGUUCUGAGAAAUGAAGGCUAUUCCACGCGAGAAAUUGCCAAGAAACUGAAGAUCUCGUACAACGCUGUGUACUACUCCCUUCACAGAACAGCGCAAACUGGCUCUAACCAGAAUAGAAAGAGGAGUGGGAGGCCCCGGUGCACAACUGAGCAAGAGGACAAAUACAUUAGAGUGUCUAUUUUGAGAAACAGGUGCCUCACAGGUCCUCAACUGGCAGCUUCAUUAAAUAGUACCCGCAAAACACCAGUCUCAACGUCAACAGUGAAGAGGCGACUCCGAGAUGCUGACCUUCUAGGCAGAGUUGCAAAGAAAAAGCCAUAUCUCAGCCUGCCCAUCUUAAUCUUUGCUUUUUAUUGGCCAGUCAGAGAUAUGGACUGAUGGUAUGAAAAAUUUAUGCACUCACUAACUGUAAGUCGCUCUGGAUAAGAGCGUCUGCUAAAUAAAAAAAUAAAAAUAAAAAGGGUUAAUGAUAAUGGGCCUCUGUACGCCUAUGUAGAUAUUCCAUUGAAAAUCAGCCGUUUCCAUCUACAAUAGCCAUUUAGAACAUUAACAAUGUCUACACUGUAUUUCUGAUCAAUUUGAUGUUAUUUUAAUGGACAAAAAAUGUUAUUUUCUUUCAAAAACAAGGACAUUUCUAAGUGACCCCAAACUUUUGAAUGGUAGUGUUGAAGUCGGAAGUUGAAGUCGGAAGUUUACAUACACCUUAGCCAAAUACAUUUAAACUCAGUUUUUCACAAUUCCUGACAUUUAAUCCUAGUAUACAUUCCCUAUAUUAGGUCAGUUAGGAUCACCACUUUAUUUUAAGAAUGUGAAAUGUCAGAAUAAUAGUAGAGAGAAUUAUUUAUUUCAGCUUUUAUUUCUUUCAUCAUAUUUCCAGUGGGUCAGAAGUUUACAUACACUCAAUUAAUAUUUGGUAGCAUUGCCUUUAAAUUGUUUAACUUGGGUCAAACGUUUCGGGUAGCCUUCCACAAGCUUCCCACAAUAAGUUGGGUGAAUUUUGGCCCAUUCCUCCUGACAGAGCUGGUGUAACUGGGUCAGGUUUGUAGGCCUCCUUGUUCGCACACGCUUUUUCAGUUCUGCCCACAAAUGUUCUAUGAGGUCAGGGCUUUGUGAUGGCCACUCCAAUACCUUGACAUUGUUGUCCUUAAGCCAUUUUGCCACAACUUUGGAAGUAUGCUUGGGGUCAUUGUCCAUUUGGAAGACCCAUUUGCGACCAAGCUUUAACUUCCUGACUGAUGUCUUGAGAUGUUGCUUCAAUAUAUCCACAUAGUUUUCCUUCCUCAUGAUGCCAUCUAUUUUGUGAAGUGCACCAGUCCCUCCUGCAGCAAAGCACCCCCACAGCAUGAUGCUGCCACCCCCUUGCUUCACGAUUGGGAUGGUGUUCUUCAACUUGCAAGCACCCCCUUUUUCCUCCAAACAUAACAAUGGUCAUUAUGGCCAAACAGUUCUAUUUUUGUUUCAUCAGACCAGAGGACAUUUCUCCAAAAAGUACAAUCUUUGUCCCCAUGUGCAGUUGCAAACCGUAGUCUGUCUUUUUUAUGGUGGUUUUGGAUCAGUGGCUUCUUCCUUGCUGAGCGGCCUUUCAGGUUAUGUCGAUAUAGGACUCGUUUUACUGUGGAUAUAGAUACAUUUGUACCUGUUUCCUCCAGCAUCUUCACAAGGUCCUUUGCUGUUGUUCUGGGAUUGAUUUGCACUUUUCGCACCAAAGUACGUUCAUCUCUAGGAGACAGAAUGUGUCUCCUCCUGAGCGGUAUGACAGCUGCGUAGUCCCAUGGUGUUUAUACUUGCGUACUAUUGUUUGUACAGAUGAACGUGGUACCUUCAAGCGUUUGGAAAUUGCUCCCAAGGAUGAACCAGACUUGUGGAGGUCCACACAUUUUAAUCUGAGGUCUUGGCUAAUUUCUUUUGAUUUUCCCAUGAUGUCAGGCAAAGAGGCACUGAGUUUGAAGGUAGGCCUUGAAAUACAUCCACAGAUACACCUCCAAUUGACUCAAAUGAUGUCAAUUAGCCUAUCAGAAGCUUCUAAAGCCAUGAUAUCAUUUUCUGGAAUUUUCCAAGCUGUUUAAAGGCACAAGAAAUGUAUGGAGUGGUUGAAAAACAAGUUUUAAUGACUCCAUCCUAAGUGUAUAUAAACCUCUGACUUCAGCUGUAAAUACGCACCACAGAAGAAAUUCUUUAUGGUCUGUAGUAAACUCAAGGGAAUCCACACCCAUUUUUUUCACAUAAACAAACAUUUUUUACACAUUUCACUUAAACAACAAAGACUUCCCUGAGAUGGAACCAAUGCUUAAUUUGAGAAGGAUCCUGCUGGAACAGGAUCCGGCAACUCUCAAUGUUGGAAUGUUUUGUUCAUUUGUUCAACCAUUUGCCAGAAUCAGUACCUCUCUUGGCAUGAAAAAUAAUUGCCACUGUUUGCAAUGUAUAAAUGAUAAUAAAAUCAAUCAGAGUUCUGACAAUCAGUGGGUUAAGCGAAGGAGGAAGUACUUUUGCCAGUUUAAAGCUACCUCCCGAGUGGCGCAGUGGUCUAAGGCGAAGAGAUCCUGGUUCGAAUCCAGUUGGCCCAGGGUAGGGGAGGGAAUGGCCGGCAGGGAUGUAGCUCAGUUGGUAGAGCAUGGUGUUUGCAACACCAGGGUUGUGGAUUUGAUUCCCAUGGGGGGCCAGUAUUAAAACGAAUGUAUGCACUCACUAACUGUAAAUUGUUCUGGGUAAGAGCGUCUGCUAAAUGACUAAAACGUGAAGACUGCUUACCACCUCAGUGUUAUGUACACUACCAGUCAAAAGUUUGGACACACUCAAUCAAGGGUUUUUCUUUAUUUUUACUAUUUUCUACAUUGUAGAAUAAUAGUGAAGACAUCAUAUGGCCCAGAACUAGAAUGAGAUUCACUUUCAGUGAUCUCUCUCCCUCUCUCUGUUCUGAUAGACACACGCCUGCAAUUUUCAUCUCUCCAGCGUUGCACUUCAUAAUUUAUUUCCUUUAGAAUCAUACACUCUUAGGAAAAAAGGUGCUAUCUAGAACCAAAAAGGGUUCUUCGGCUGUCCCCAUAGGAGAACCCCUUUUGGUUCCAGGUAUAACCCUUUUGGUUCCAGGUAGAACCCUUUCCACAGAGGGUUCUACAUGGAACCCAAAAGAGUUCUACCUGGAACCAAAGAGGGUUCUACCUGGAACCAAAAAGGGUUCUCCAAUGGGAACAGCCACAGAACCCUUUAGGAACCCUUUUUCUGAGUGUAGCUCCGGGAAGGGUGACAUAUUGCAUGUGACAUGCCUAUAGGUUACAUGAGAGGCUGCCAAUGUCGCACAUGACGCUCACAUAGAGAUAUGCCUAGUAGCAUCUUAGAGAGACUGACACAAUUUGUCAAGUCACAAAGUGUCAGGUCAGAUUUCCUGUGCAUUCUCUGUAAUAGCCCACAAGAAGCUUGAGGGAAAGGGUUAAUGUCAUUUUAUUAGCAAUACAUCUAAGAAAUUAUUACUAACUGUCACUUGAUACCAACAUGAAUUAAUACAUGAUACGGUAUAACAUAACAUUAAUGAAUUAAUGAUGCAGUAUAUUGAUAGGAUGUAAUUUCAAAAGGUCACCUAAUCAUAACAGUUACUAAUUUUGGUCCCCGCUUUUUCUACUGAAUUCCACUCUAUUCUAUUUCUCUUUUUUUUCAGUGUGUCACCCAUAUCUGAAAGUCUACCAGGGAAUGCAAGCUGUCUACUCCUCAGGGGUCUAGUAAGCAUUCAUUAAACAACCUGUUUCCAAUUUUGUUUCACAAUAAGUGAUACAAUUUUCUUUGAACCACAAUUGGCUGUUGUUCUAAUUCAGCGCUUUCUGUGAGUGUCAGUGAUUGGUCAUAGAAUGUUCUCUCUGAUUGGUUGUUUGUCUCUAUUACCCAGUCACAUUGGGCCUGGACACAGAGACAGGAUAUGCAUCAGUCUGGAACCUGCUCAGCUGCUAAAGGGAGACAUCAUGGUAAGAACAACUUUUCAUAGCAUCACAUAACAUAUCCUAUGGAAUGUACUGGGUAUACCAUACAAGAAGAAAGAUGGAAGUCAUGAUAGAUUACAUUAACAGAAGACUUACACAUAUAAAAUGGUAAGAAACAUAGCAGAUGCCAACAACUGAUUUGAUAAGGUUUUAUAAAGGUCACAUGAAUACACACACAAACUGCUGUUACACCCUGUCUCCCCCUGUUCCUGCAGGUGAAAUGUUACCAUAAGAGUGAUGUCACUUUGGAGCGUGAGGUGAUCUUCCGGCUCCAGUUCCACACGGGAGCAGUGCAGGGCUACAACCUGAUGUUUGAGAAGGAGGACAUGGAGACUGCCAAUAAAGGUAUACACACAUACACACACACAGACCUGGAAAGGCCUAGAGAAUGUCUCUGCUGGACUUCAUUUGCAUUUAUAAAAACCACACGUGCAGCACCAUUCAUCUUUCCGUUGCGUUCUAACGCAGCCACACUCACGGCAUUCCUUUGUGUUGACUCUGCAGAUCCUAGAUUUCCGGAUUACGGGAAAGUAGAGCUGGUGUUCGCCGAGGGCCCGGAGAAGAUCCCAGGUAUUUUUUCUAACUCCUUAACCCAGUUUGAAAAGCAGGAGGGUUUGAAAACCUCCUGACACAUGGUGCUUUCACCACCCAGCUUCCCCCUCGAUCCCCCCGCCUUCCCCCUCUACCCCCUGUCGAGAUGAGGAUGUGGAAUUCCGUAGAGGGGAAAUGUAGUGUGAAGUGUGUACUGACAGAUAGGUAAAGGAGCACAGCAUGUCCUGCCUCCCAGCCCCACAGGAGGGAGUGUGUGUGUGUGUGUGUGUGUGUGUGUGUGUGUGUGUGUGUGUGUGUGUGUGUGUGUGUGUGUGUGUGUGUGUGUGUGUGUGUAUGUGUGAGAGCUCAUGCAUGCAUCCGAGCAUAUGUGUGCCCUACACAACUCGUAAAAUGUAACGUUCCUUCAACUCUCAGUUGCAAGAGCACUCUGGCCACAAAUCACUUCUAGGAAAGAAACAAAAAAGGCUUCUUUCCAACAGUGUUCCUCAAAAGUUUAAACCUAUGAGAUUGUCCCCACUGAUCCCUUGUUGUUGAUUGGACCCUAUAAGAACCAUAUAAGAGCAUCUCACAGUGUAUCCUUGGUUUUGAUUGGUCUAGGUGCAGAGCUCUGGCAGAAUGGGGCAGACGUCAGUGUGGACUACAACACAGCCGACCCUCUGACACGAUGGGACUCCUACCAGAACAUCAAUGACGGGGAA